AUGACCCUUUAUCGCUUGGCUGUUUUACUAGGAGCUUUGGUCUGUGCGUGCAAUGGCGUGCACGUGACAGUGCCAGAAAAGCGGAAGCUUGCCAUGCUCUUCCAAUCAGUGGUCCUACCGUGUCACUAUGACACAGUCUCGACACAGGCCCCUGUCAUCCAGUGGUGGUACAAAUCCUAUUGCCAUGACCGUACCCACGAUUCCUUCAACCCGCAGAGCUCAGAGCUGGGUGCCAAGGCGCAAUUGGACUGUGCCGACAAAGGCCGCACGGUUCGAGUUGUGGCUUCUGCGCAAGGAUCCUCCAUGACACUGGCGGAGUACUACAAGAACAGGGAUAUUUCCAUCGUAAACAAAGCAGACCUGCGCAUCGGCCAGGUACAGUGGGGCGACGGUGGAGUGUAUUUCUGCAAAGUCGUCGUCGCAGAUGACCUGGAUGGCAAGGACGAGGGCCAGGUGGAGUUACUGGUGCUAGGCAGGACAUCUGAACAAGCCGAUAUCCUACCUGAGUUUGAUGUGGAGAUUAUGCCAGAGUGGGCGUUUGUAGGCUGCGUGGCUCUAGGCAGCAUCUUGUUCCUACUGCUUAUGAGCAUCUGCUGGUGCCAGUGUUGCCCACACUCUUGUUGUUGCUACGUGAGGUGUUGCUGCUGCCCUGAAACCUGCUGCUGCCCACGACACUUAUACGAGGCAGGGAAGAAAGGAAAGAGCGUGCCGCCUGUUCAGAUGCCCGUGUAUCCCUACUAUAUUCCUGGUGUUCCCACUGUUUUGCCUGUCGUCCCUUCGGCCCAGCCGAAGCUCACCUCUGUUGCCUCUGUUGCCUCCGUCCCGUCGAUCGCCUCAAUCCCCUUGGUGGAAAAUAACCUACCUGGAGUACGUGGUUACCGUCCACAACCCAGUCAGGACUACAGGGGCUCUAUGAAAGUUCUGUUCUCGGCUAAGGUUCCCACUGCCAAGCUGGCUGCACUUCAACCCACUAGCCUGUCAGAACUCAGCUCUCUCCAUGAAGGAGGUAAUGCGGAUUUCAGACACACCUACCACACCGUCCAGAUGAAGGCGAUGCAGCCCAUCGUUGAUGUUAAUGAUGUUGACGUUGGCGAUCGAGUGCCACUGAGGGUGGCUCCGCUCGCACAGAGAAGCAGACACAGGAGGGAACGAGACAACUACUCAGACGAUGAACUGGAGAGGAGGUGGCACGCACGCUCUGAACACCCCCAGAGAAAGCCUUUGAGCAGGCGGGCUUGCACCGGUUCACUUGACGAACUGGAGGAAUUUGCGCGGUCGUACGAUUCCCGUGGCCAUCGGGCCGAGCGGGAUUACAGCCCACAGAGAAGUCGCUGUAGAGACGAAGACGGCGACUGCCAUGGUGGCAGCACUUUGCCCUUAUCCCAGAAGAGAAGGGGCACAUGGGACGGGGAACUGAGCUCCCGACCGCCCCGUCACACGGAGUACGAUAGCACCUUCCUCAGCCAAGCCAUGGAGAGCAAAGCGAGGGGGUACAGAGGUGGCGCAAGGCCCGAUGACAACAGUGACACUCCCUCCAAAGGCAGCUCCAGAGGUAAGGGUGGCAACAGCUACUACAGCCACUCACCUAGCAACCGUCCAGAAGAGGAUGACCCUCUGCCACCGUACUCAGAGUGCGAGGCGGAACGCUACCGCAGGUCCAACCCUAACACCGACUGGUACCGUACAUCGGAAUCUGUCAGGACGGAGUGGUAUGACGCCUCAGAGCCUGCCGUGAGGUAUUCCUCAUACUCCCGUCCUCAGCAUGGGACGUCCCUCCCGCCACAGGAGAAAGACAAGAGACGCAACGUGAACACCGCACUGAGCAGGGACAAUCUCAUAGUCUGA